GGGGAAUGUUGCAUGUGCAACAACUUUAAAUUGUUUAAGUUGGCGAAAUCUUAAAGCGUUCAGUGCUUGGUAUUUUCAGCUUUGGUGUUUAAGAUUUCAAUUCAGUGCUUGGCAUUUUCAGCUUUGGUGUUUAAGAUUUCGAUUCAGUGCUUGCAAACGGAUGUUAAGUCUGGUGCCUUGCCUUCUUUGCCACUCUCGGAAGCCGGACCCCCUCUUUUGGAACUUGCCUGCUGCAAGCGUUCUGCGUCAUUGAGUACUCUCUAAGGAGUUUGGAGUUUGGAGUUUGCCAGUUUGGAGUUUGGAGGUUGGAGGUUGGAGGUUGGAGGUUGGAUGGAGGUUGGAGAUUGGAGGUUGGAGUUUCCUGUCUAUGGUCCAUAAACAACCCACCUCAACUUAAUACGGCGAAACACAAUCCAAAGAGAUGCAUUGGUUGAAACUUAUCGAAACGGACUAAAAGGAACUGAGAAGUCGUCAUCAUCGUCAUCGUCAUCAGCACCAUCAUGCGAGCGAACGUAAUUUAAUGCUUAUGAAGUAGGACAGUUGAGCUUUGCUUGUAACAGCAAUGGGAGGUUUGGAAGUAGCUGGGAUCAUACUGUACAUGCCUUCCGAGAGUUGUGAGUGCUUCAUUCCUUAGAGUGCAAAGGAGGACUUAGUCAUGAACAUGCCCACCCCAGUGCUCAUGCUGUCUGGGAGUGACUUCAAGUUGAAGGUGUUGAGGGCUCAAGCUGUCUGACUCGCAAUACGCUGCACUAAGUCUUUCUACUGCAACAAUCAGCAAGUCGGAGAAGAUGAAGGCAGAGAACAGAGAAGUAACCCAGCAUGACCAAUGUCAAUAGGCACUCAAACAGACCGGUCCCUUCAACUUGAAGAGAUAGGACCCAAACAGGGAAGUGCAAAAGAUAAACGAAAGUGCACGGGAAUCGAACUUGUAGAUCCUUCAAGAGAUAGAAGAUCCUUCAAGAGAUAGAAGCCGAGCAGGGAACUGCAAAAGAUAGACGACAGAGUAUGGGAAUUGAGCUUCUAGACGCCACUAAUUUUUAGGCAAGAUGAACUGUAACUGCUACAGGUAUAUAACAAAUUUGCUAGCUACCGGUGUUAGUGCAGUGGAAACACUCACUAUAAUGACCACCUGAGCGAACGCGGUACAACAGCGGCCACCAUGCUAUCCUAGUGCAGCAGAACAAAGUGCUACGGGUGCAACGACUGCCACCAUGGCGGUCUGUUCCUGAGCGCUGCAGCCUUUUUGGAACAACGGCGGAAGACAGAAAGUCGUGAACUUGGAUUACAUCGACUUCCGGAUUGGGUCAAGUGUUUUUGUAACCCGGUCCGUUGUCAAUGUGGCCCAACAUCCAUUCCAAGCAUGCAGUUUAACAACCAUGUAAUUUCAGUUGAGAGCAGAGUAGGUAGAGCUAUGCCAAGGUCUAACCCAUGACAUCCUCUGAGUAAACCAGGUCUACCCACCUAGCAUAGCUAUUAUUGAUUGCUCUGAUUUUGUCUUGUUGGAGAGCUAUGCCAAGGUCUAAGCCAUGACAUCCUCUGAGGAAACCCUGGUCUACCCACCAGCAUAGCUAUUAUUGAUUGUUCUGAUUUUGUCUUGUGAUAUUGUUUGUUAUAUGUACUGCUGUUAUUGUAAUUGCAACCUAGAGACUUGCAAAUCGUUUGUCGAAGAGGAGGUGGAGGAGGAGGAGGAGGGUGACGAGGAGGAGGACAAAGAAGAGCAAGAGGAGGAGAAGGAGGAGGAAGAGGAGGAAGAGGAGGAGGAGGAGGAAGAGGACGAGGAGGAGGAGGAGGAGAGGGAGGACGACGAAGAAUGCGCGGACGAGGACGGGGAGGAGAGGGAGGAGGAGGAGUUGGAGAGUAGGAGGGAGGAGGUGGAGAGGGAGGAGGAGGAGGAGGACGAGGAGGACGAGGACGAGAGGGAGGACGACGAAGAAGACGCGGACGAGGACGGGAAGGAGAGGGAGGAGGAGCUGGAGAGUAGGAGGGAGGAGGAGCUGGAGAGUAGAGGCUGCAGACUAUGGCAGUUUUGCAUAAGGUGGGUCAAGAAAGCGGAGCUGGCCUAUUUGGAGAAUAGAAGAGCAAGAGAAGAGGCUCAGAAGUCGGACGCGAACAGAGGUUCGGAGGAAAAAGGGGACAAUGGUGAACAGGGAAGUGAGACUGGUUCAAGGAGUAAGGGAAUAAGGGAGGAAGAGUUGGAAGGGAAAGGGGGAGAAGGGGUCACUGAAGGGGAAGGCAAGGGGGGAGAAUCAUCAGCCUCUCUCAAGAGGAAAAUCAGUGACAGGGAAUCGGAGAAGGGGUAUAGUGCAUAUCAAGGGCCUAAGAGGACACAAUCAGGGAAGGGAACAGAUAAAACUUCCACUCAGGAAGAACAAGAGCAUAAGGCUGAUACGCUGGCAGAGGGUCAGGGGGAACAAGGAUCUCAGAGGGAAGAAAUGAACAUCACAGAUUCAUCAGAUGAUACGUCAGCGGUAGCUUCAACGGGUCAGCAAACGGAACAAGGGACUUCGGCAGGCUCAACUAGCUCUACAAACAGACCUUCUUCUGACGAUAAGGAAAACAUAGAGGAGGACAUGGGAAAAGGGGAUAAGAAAGGAUCAAGCAAAAAGUCACAAGAGUCAGAUUCAGAGGUGGAUGGGGACUCGGAUGAGGACAGUAAUGAGGAGGACGAUGAGUGGGGGGAGGAAGAAGAGGAGGACGAACUGGAGACUCUUGCACAGUGGAUCAAGCAUGUACAUAAGCUGAAGUGGGCAAGACACAUCGAAUGCGAGAUCCGGCUGGCACACCACAAACAUUUGCGCAAUUUAAAGCAAGCCACGACAACAGGGGAUGGCAUCACAACAGUAAACACUGAAGGAUGAGCAAGAGGUCAAUGAGUUCUACGCUACGCAAUACGGAUGGAAGGCUAAGCUGGACAAGAAUGACAUCACGGUGCACAAUGCGG